UUACGUCGAGAGUGACAUAAUUCGCGAUGACUGAAGAAGAAGAAGUAAUGUAACGUCAAAGUUGUAAACACUCUCCUGCUAAACUCCAUCUGUACUUCUUAAUUUUCCACAAAUAACGAGUGUCACUGUUAGUCUUGGACUAUUCUUCGAGAAGAACAAGUGAUUCAAAUGUUGACUUGCUAACCACAAAAAUGAAGUCAUUCCUAAGCCUUGGAAUUGGAAAAUCUACCCCCACCUUAGAGGCACCAAAGCCUGCGAGUGGCAUCCUCCCCCAUCAAGAAGAGGAGAGUUUGGCAAACCUUUGGGUGGACAUCACCAAGUCAGAAGCUGGAUGCUGCAAACUUGCCGGAGAAGUGAAGAAUUACAGGGAUGCUAUUAAGGAUGUCCAGGAAGCUGAAGAAAAGUUGAUCAAGGAUUUGAGUAAUUCUGGACUCUCUUCAUUUUCCCCGCAGUUGCAUCAGGCCUUAGAUGAAUAUUUGUCCGUUACAAUGGAGAUGAAACCAAAGAGUGAAGAAACAAGUUCAACAGUUCAGCAGGUGCUGGGAGAUCCUGUGAAACAGUACCAUGCUUUGUAUGAACCUCUAGAUACUUUUCGAAGACGUCGUGAUGCCCAACUAAUUGCAGUUCAGAAAAUUCAAGAUAAACUGGAUAGAUUAAAGUUAAAGGGGAAAAGGACUACUGAUGUAAUAGUGGAACGGGAUAGUGCCCAGCGCCAUUUGAAAGAUCUUAAUAAGCAGUUGCUAAACGAGUCCAGAAAGUUUCACUCUCUCCGUCAGCCUUUCUUACAACCCUGCAUUCAAGCCUAUGUCCAGACUCAGGUUGACUACUAUGGUACUGCAAAUUCACAGUUCAGCAGUCAGGUUCAGGUAAGUCGUGGAGCCCACCAGAUUAAAGAUGCUGAGUACGAAGCAAUAAUGGGAGAUCACUUGAGGAAGAUUAAAUCUCUCAACAUUGUAGCAAUGUAACAGAUGAAAAUGUUACUCAAUUGUUGUGAACAUUUUUUAGUGUAACCAUUAGCAAUGAUUUGGGUAUCUGUAUGCUAGCUUUGUUUGAAAUUCAGUAGUUUUGUAACUAAUGGUAAAGUACUAAUUUUUUGCAAAGCAUUAGUAUACUUGUUUGCUGAUAAUGGAUAUUUUUAUUGAUAAUAGCAUGGUGCAACUGCAUUUUAAAAGUUACUAGUCUCUUGAGAGAGGAUGGCGUACGUGUGAGGAGAAAGAAGACUUGAGAAGAAUCUCUUAUAAUUCAUGUAAAAAUUUGAAUGGGACCACAAUUUCAAAAUACCUCAUCUCACACUUUCAUGCUUAUGCAUAGUCCAGCCUUUUUAUGAGUCCUAAAAUAUUUAGUUACUACCUUGAUAAUUAAUACUUCAUAUUUAUGGAUUUUUGUAAAAACCUAUACGUAUUCCUUUACACCAUCCCUCUGUGAGCUUCAUUUGAAGCUUGACGUCUGAUUGAAGUAAUAUACAGAAUAAUUCAUAAGACUCAGAUAUGAAUCUAACUGUAGGUAGCUAGCUCAGAAUAGCAAUUAACAGUGUUUAUACUGGGUCAAACAUACUCUAGGAAGUGUAAAAUCUCAGGUUUUAGUUCUUGUGUGACUGGGGACAGGAGCCGGAUAAGGAUGUAAACUAGCAGCUUUAAGCCACUUGUCAAUAUUCAGUAAAUUUUGCCUACCGACAACUUAUGCAGUAGCCUAUUCUAAGUUUUACCGUCACCUUAAUAGUUUUUCACUAAAGAAUGGUAGUAUAAUGAGAGCCAUAAUUGUCAUGCAGUGUAACCAUGAUACACAGUAUGGAAAUGUGUGUGAGAUUUGUAAAAUGGAAUAGGCAAGACAUAUUGGAGAAAGGAGAGAGUAAAUUUUUGAAUAAGGAUGUGGUGCCUUGUAAAGGAAACUACAUUAGUUAUGAGAGAUUUAAUAUAAACCAUAAUUAGAGAGAUAAUAAAUAUGAAUUUAAUUUUUUUUAAUAAUGUUGCAGGUACAUUACUAGUUAUGUAUUGAGUGAUAUUUGUGAGCUUGCAAAUAUUAAUGUUGUAAAAUGUUCAGUAUGAAUUUUUCCUUCACUUUGUGGUGUAGGUUAAAGAGAGCCAUUGUUGCUUUGAAUAGAAGUGCUUUAUUUUUAUAAAGGGAAUCUUAAUUGUGUGUUAUAUACACAAACUACAGAAAGGAUCACUUAAAUAACUUUUACUUAAUAGAAAUUGUAGAUCAAGCAUAUUCAUUACUCAGAACAAUAAUUUUGCUUAUAUUUUAAUUGUUUCUGUAGAACAUUGACGGAAUGGUGCUUCAGCUGAUUGCCGAUGGUUGAGAAAUGUUUUGAAAUUUGAUUUAUGUAUUUUCUUAUAGUCAGUACCAAUAAUUGAUUCAGUUCAUGUAUGCUUAUGAUUUACUAUUGUUGGAAAGGCAAUUCCAGUUUUGCAUUGCUUUUAAUAUUAAUUACAUUUUUUUCUACUUUUUGGUUUGCAGUAUUUAGACACGAGGAUUCUGUGUCUAUGAAAAUGCAAAAAUACAUGUUGCAAAUUACUGAAGCAGUUUGACAUUUUAAUAAAUGUCAUAUUCUAUUAUUUCAAAUUUUCUUGAGCUAUUUUACUUAAAUCUUUUACUGGUAGCGUGCAGAAAAUGUUCAUAUUAAUGGGUCCGCUUGUUUCCACAUGCAAGAUAGCACAGUUCAUUCAUUGGACUUCUUUUUUUUAUAUAGUGAUAAAAUUUCUUAGGAAUAAGAAAAUGUUUUGUCAAAGAUAUAUGGAAAAUAUUGUUACCUAAAUUAAAUUUAAGGAAAUAGA